ACGCCCCAGGUUCGGCAGUGUGGACUUCGGUGUUCGUCCUUCGCCCCUCCAAAGCCGUAGCGUUGAUCAGUGCGCACAGCGGGGCGCUGCGAGGCGCGGCACCUGGCGCCCUAAGUCGCGGCGCACGGCGGCUGCACCAUGGUCCAGCUCACUACUGUCCUCUGCAAGGCCUACCAUGGAGGCCACUUAACCAUCCGCCUUGCCUUGAGUGGCUGUACCAACCGGCCUUUCUACCGCAUUGUGGCUGCUCACAACAAGUGCCCUAGGGAUGGCCGUUUCGUGGAGCAGCUGGGCUCCUAUGAUCCAUUGCCCAACAGUCAUGGAGAGAAAAUCGUUGCUCUCAACCUGGACCGGAUCCGGCAUUGGAUCGGCUGUGGGGCUCAUCUCUCUAAGCCUGUGGAGAAGCUUCUGGGUCUCUCUGGCUUCUUCCCUCUGCAUCCCAUGAUGAUCACAAAUGCUGAGAGGCUGCGAAGGAAACGGGCACGUGAAGUCCUCUUAGCAUCUCAGAAAACAGACACAGAAGCUACAGAAACACAAACGAGCUGACUUCAGCUGAGCUUGAGCAGAGCAUUGGGAAUAAGGUCAAAGUUCUCUUAAAACACCUGUGCAGAGCACUUAGUUUUAUUAGAUUUGGAGGUCAAUAAAUGGAGUUUUCUAAGUCA